ACUUUUGUCGCAGAGAAGCAGUGCGUUUCACUCUUGCUUGCUUGUGCCACCAACCAGCAUCGUUUCUUCAGUCUUCGUACUCGUCAAUGAGACUGAGAACGAGGAGGAGGGCCCGGUGUUUGGGUUUACAGCAAACAUAAACAAGCAAUCAUCAUCACUUUUUUGCAGUUUAGUCAACUGUGAAAGUUUUCCACUUUGUUUGACAUCUUCCAAGUAUUUUACUACUUUUUAUACUGGAACACAAUUUGUCGUCUGCUACAAGAUUGUUUUACCCAUCACAGUGUGGUGAAAUAAGAUCUUGAGAAUAUUUUUGUACUUCCUGACUCAGGCCUUUGGGAGCAGACGAUAUCACAGUGAAUGCCGGGUGCUUCUCUUGGGUUUGCUGAGAUUUGGUGACGUCACAUCAGAUUUAACCAAUUAAAAAACGGAAGCCGUGCUUAAAGCGGGAAUCUUCUGUGUUGCAUCCAAGUACGGCAGCCCUUUAAACGGCGUCGCAAAGAGACUUCAAGGGGCGCUACCAAUACCCGAGAUUGACCAUGAUGCUGGUAGGCGCACCCACUUCCUUUGGGACCGGGUACCCUCAUGUCAAUGGCUACCCAACCUAUCCUUUUGAUGACUUCGAAGCCUAUUCAGGCUACGUCGAUCCGAACGCGGGGUCAUCCCAGUAUAAUAUACUGGAAACAAAACUGUUUCAGAAUUUCACCAGUCCCAAUCAACCAGAAGGUAGCCCAGUCAGCCCACCACUCAGUACAGACGGGACUCUCAUCUCACAACAGCAGCAGCAUCCUCAUCCACAUCAUCAUUCACCUCCAAAUCAACAAGCAACCCAACCGCAUCGACCAGUGCAACAUCCACAGUCAGAGGCAUCACCACCUCUUCAGCAACCUCAACCUCAAUCCCAACAACAAUCCCAGCAUCGAGUGACACCUCAUAAUCACCAGCAACAUACUCCUCAUCAGUCCCCCCAGAGGCAAUCUCCCGUUACCCCUAUGCCCGCCAGUAUGCCCUCUUACACCCCGAAGCAAGACGCAUCCUCACCGCCUUGUAUUGUUCAAACGCCAGAAACCUUUUCAUCGAACUAUAGCAGUCCUCCGGUUUGCACUUCCACCAGUAGCAGAUUGCCGAACUUUCAGGACUGUUUUGGUCCCCCAGGAUUGAGGCCGAACUACGAAGAACAUUCGCCAGAGUUUCCCCCGUUCAGUUCAAUGACGGAGUUUCUCCCAAGUGCAACCCAACCUGAAACUUACGACAGGGAGUAUCCACUUCCUGCGAUCCCUUCUAUGUCUGAACACAUAGCUUACCAACAUGCAUACAGCCCAACUUUAACAGGAGUCACUCCCCCAACAACAUCACACAGCACGUAUUCUCCAGUGGGUCAUCAAAACGAUUAUUAUGACACAAGUUUUACGCAUGACGUUUCGUCUAUUCAUGUUGAUGCGAGCGUUCCUCCUCAUUUUGUAUGGGGUACUUCACAAGAGGGUCCCAUACCGACAUGUACGGAAACAUCCAUCUUGGAAAGCAAACCUCAUCACUACCCAAUGCCACCUAACCCACCGCUUGGUUCUCAACAUAACAUUAUGGUCGGGGCAAGGAGAACCAGUCCUAUCAUGUCACUAUCACCAGAAGGACCCAUGAUAACACCGCCUAGGACGCCCUCUCAGGAAGGCAUGUGUGCUGUGUGUGGUGACAGUGCAGCUUGCCAACAUUAUGGCGUCAGAACGUGCGAAGGAUGCAAGGGUUUCUUUAAGAGGACAGUACAAAAGAAUGCUAAAUACGUAUGUCUGGCCAACAAAAACUGUACGGUGGACAAACGACGGAGGAAUCGAUGCCAAUACUGUCGCUUCCAAAAGUGUUUAGCCGUCGGGAUGGUCAAAGAAGUUGUUCGAACCGAUAACCUUCGAGGGCGACGAGGUAGACUGCCAACCAAACAGCGGAACUCUCAGGAUCUCCCUCCCCCAUCCCCUCCUGUUAGUCUUAUCACAGCCCUGGUACGAGCACACGUUGAUGCUUCACCAGCUAAAGCAAAUCGGGAUUACAGCCAGUUUCGGCUGCCUGGUGACGUCAUUUCACCACCACCAGAGAACGAGCAGCUGCAAAUCUUCUAUGACAACUUUUGUUCUUCUAUUGACGUCAUCCGGUCCUGGGCGGAGCGUAUCCCUGGAUUUAGCGAUCUCUGCCGGGAAGAUCAAGAUUUGCUUUUCCAAUCUUCUUGCCUUGAGCUCUUCGUUCUCAAGAUGGCAUACAGAGUGAACCCGGACGAUCCAUAUGUAGUGUUUUGCAAUGGAAACGUCCUCCACAAUCAGCAAUGUGAACGAGGCUUUGGAGAAUGGUUAGAUGAUAUACGGACCUUCUCGAAAGUACUCUCAUCUCUUGAAAUCGACAUCUCUUCGUUCGCAUGUCUGUCAUCUCUUGUUCUUAUUACCGAGAGACACGGAUUAAAGGAACCUGAGAAAGUGAGUCAGCUUCAAAACAGAAUCAUCGGCUGUCUCAACGAUCACGUGACUUACAACACGAGUGCGCAGACGCGAGCCAAUUUCCUUUCUCGGAUGCUGAUGCAGCUCCCUGAACUUCGGGUUUUGAGCAAGAAAGGACGCCAGAGGUUAUGCGCACUCAAAGUAGAAGGAGCCGCCCCUGUUCCUGGCACCAUCGAAAAAACUUAUGAGCCUAACUUGCCUUAUUAACUCUGGGUUCAAGAGAUAUUCGACAUUUCUACUCAAAAGUUAUUCACAUUAGUUGUUUGACAUGUUUUACUAUUCUCACAGUACAAAUGAUUAGGCUUUACGUUUAUUAUUGUCAUAGAUAAUUCUAAAUAAUUUAUAGAUACUGUGCACCUUCGUUUAACGAAACUGGUAUUAGCUAUUAUGUUUUUAUUUUAUCAAAUUUGAGUCACAUUUCCAUGUCUUUUCCUUCUUGUUUCUUGUCAUUGUAUACUGUUUUUUUUCCUCCGGAAGGUCUAAUUACUCUUUAUGAAUGUUGCAAUCACCACUUUACUUUUUGCUUGUAUUUAUGUUACAUUUCUACCUUUUUUUAGCUUGUAAUAAUUAUGAAUUGUGAACAAAUUUGUACUAUCAAGAAAGCAAUGACUUUCUCAUAUAUUUAUGUAAUCAUAACCAUCUUAUACUUUCAUACGAUUUUACACGAAUUUGUCGCAAAAUAUGCUUAAAUCAAUUUUAUAACAAGCUUUUAUCAAAUUUGAAGGAAAUAAGCCUAAAUUCAAUGUAUCCACAUAAUUAACGCAGAAUGCUUUAAUUUAUUGCUUGUUAUCAAUCUUAUCACACCUAUUUUAUUUUAUAUAAAUUAUGAAAAUGAUGCUAACCUGAAAAGCCACGAUCAAUUGGGAAUAUUUUGAAAUCGGACUCCAAAUUUUCAAGACUUUUAUUUGAUAUGUGAUGUGUAUACCAAUAUUCACAGGACGAGUAUUUAAUAAGGAGGUAUUUCACCUCGUAGAGUACAAUGAAAUGCCUUGUUAAAUCACAUUGUUACGAUGGAAAUCAUUCUCGACUAAUGUGAUGUUACACAUUAUUGGGUAAAGUUUAAAUAUUAUAUCCUGGAAAAUCAUGACGGCAUGAUCAGCUCGGGUGUCAUGAAGGAUCGUGAAAUAAUGAAUAGACUGAAAGUAUAAUCGAUGAUUAUUUUACAAGGGAAAAAGAUGCCCUUAGAUAUCGCAAUUAUCGUAAAACGAAAGUGGUGUAGAUUUGAACAGGAAAGUAUACCAUGCAAAUUGUUACGUUUACCAGUCUUUCACAAGCUCAUACCGAAUUAUAUAAUUUUGGAGAGAAAACAUACAGGAUUUUUUUAGCGGCUAGAGAAGUCAUCCAUUCCCCCUCCCCUCUCUCUCUUUCUCUCUUUCUUUCCAUAUUUUCUUUUCUUCCCUCCUUGUUGCUGCAUUGAAUCGACAAUGAUUCUUCGUGAAAUGAGUUUUAGUUAAAUAUGAAAAUCAUGAGGCAAGAUUUCUAAUGUUAAUUCAAGCUGAAAAUAAAAUAUAAAGUAGUUAAAUAUUGCUAGAUAGCAGCUGAUAAAUUGCUUUUUUAAUUGGAUGAUACAGAAAAUUUGGUAGUGUUGCCAAUUUGCAGCUGUAUGUACUGUUUUCAAGAAAAUGGCACACUAUUAAUCAUGUAUCGUUAGGUAUCAUAGAAUAAUCUACAUGAUCUAGGUGUAGUAUCCGUAAUCAUGGUAAUAGAUUUCUUUCUGCACUACCUUCAUGGCGUUCUUAGGGACCUGAGAACAUGUAGAAUAGCACUUUUUUAUAUAUAGAAACUAUACUUACACCAAAGGCUAUGAUUUUGAAAGAAUUUUAGAUGUGCAAAAAGAAGAGUCUCACAAAUAUCACUGUACAAAGCUGCAAACCUCUGAUGAUUAUAUAGCGAAAAUAUUCUUGUAAAUAUUACGAGGUGUUGUGGAACUCCACUCGAAAGCGUGAGAUUGUAGAUAAUUUUAUAGUUCAGAUAAUGUAUUGCAGUACACAAUGUCUAUGCUAUGAUCACUGAAAUGUGCUAAUUAUUGUGUAUACGAAAGGAGAUACAUGAAUAUUCAUUAUACAUAUAAACUUUGUUACAUUUUGUUUACGAGAACAUUUUUGUUUACCGAUUGUGGAGGAAGGAUAGAGGAGGAUAAUGAUGUCGCACGAGUAGACAUGUUUAUUGGCAGGUCCACUGCCUCUUUGACACUGAAUUCUUACUGGUUCUGUAGACUAGUCAUUUUAUACCAUUUUGCUAUGAAGAUGAAAAAUAUAAAACAGGAGAUGUUGCAGUCUUUUUACAUUAUUGCUAACGUGGACAUGUUCUGUGGAUGUUAAAAAAGUAAUCAUAAUUGAUGACUUAUUUAGAUGAAUAUAAAUCUGUGUAGGCCUAUGAGUGUUUUGAUAAUUUGAAUAGCAUUUAUCGUGAGCUCCUUAUUCUUCGCUUCAAAAGUGAGACAGGUCAUGUGAUCAAUUAUGGGAGUACGAAUUUCGAUCAUUCAGAGUCAGUUUAGAAAAAUCUAUUAAAUUUUAGCCGUUGUGUCUUUUCAAAUGCAUUAUGAAUGUGAGCACACUUUGAUAGCAUACUAUGCGUUCUUGUGUAACACUUAUUCGACCUUAUAACUGUUAUAACAUGAUAACAUGCAAUUACGUUGCUAAAGAUCUGUCAUGAAUCAUAUACUGCCAAAAUCUGUUAUCUGGAUACUUGAAAAAAAAUAGACACCGUUGUAUAUUUUUAUAACGUGAAUGUAGUAGAAUUCAGAUAUGUGAAUCUCUAACUAUAGCAAUUUUGCAUUUUAAGUUCGAGUGUUAUUAUUUGAUGUGAGAUAUUAACACAAGUUUAUUUCCCGAGUAUACUGCACGAUGAAUCAUUGACGUAAAUUUCCCUUCUAGUGCAAGAUUUGCUUUUAUAUUACUUUGUGAUUUUAUUUUUUACUUUGGACAACAAUCCAAGUAGAUUAUAAGUUAGAAUUUUAUUUUGAACACACUUUAAAUGUUUCUGCCGCAAAUCGUGUAAUGGAUGUUGUUAAUUGUGGUAGAUGCUUUAAUCUUUAUAUACAAUUUAUAUAUGGUGUUGAUUAUUCGUAUCGCAUCUCAACAUUUAGUGCAAUGUCGUCCUCGUUUUAUAUGGAAUCAGAUUGUGUGCAAAUUUGAGCACGUUUAUACAAAUUCGUAUAUCGGAGAGAGAGUGUGAGAGAAAGAAAACUAUCAGAAAUAAAGCUAUUAUUUUUCUACGUAUACAUGUGCCGAUAGUAAAUGUACUUAAUUAUGUUCAUUUUGAACGAAAAGUGGUAUUAUCUGUAAUGCUCAAGCCCCAAAAGUCGAAUUGAAAUCCUAAAUCAAAACAUUAAAAAUCGCAUUAACUGGCUGAACAAUAUUUUUGGACACUGAAAGGAUUAUGAUAUUUUUUUUCUAUUAUGUGAAAUCAAAAUUUAAAGCAUCUAUACGAUCUGAAAUAACGAUAUCGUAUAUUUAUAUGUCAUAAUUUACCUUGCAUAAGUCAAGCGAUACAUGCUAUACAUAAGUUGGAAUGAAGGAGAUCAUUCUCGACAUGGUUUCGUUUUUUUUUCCUUCAGUAACAAAGAGUUUAAUCUAUCUUAUGUUCAGCGUAGUCUCGAUCAGAGGCUCGCACGCUUGUUGUUAUGUCAUUGAAAUAAAUACAAGUACUUUUAGGCUAUGCUAUAUGAGUGUAUAUGUUCUUCGGAGUUUUAUAUGAUAUUACUGCUAAAAUAAAACGUCCACUGACACGAUAA